GUCCUUUGGCAGUCCUGAGUCCUGGCAUUCCGCACUCCUUCCGCUCCGGGUUUCAGUCAGGACUCAGUGGCCGUCGGGAGUGGACGUGCGAAAAUCGGGCAAACAGGCUCCUUAAAACUCUAUUAAAACUCAUCCAUCAAACAUUUACUGCGUUUAUGCGAUGCACUUUUCAUGCAUUUAGUUUCCUGAGAAGUGCCAACUCGCGUGUGCAUAAACGAAAACAAACGUUCGAGUAAAAUGCGUGAACGGGUGAGUCGCAACCCUGGAAACUCCGCAUAAUUUAGGUGGCAACUCCGUCCGCAAAUGAAAGACAAAUUGGCCAAGUCUUCAACUGGUUGAAUCUCUUAGAAGAUAAGACGUCCCAGUUUCUCACCUGCCAUUCCACAUAUCGCUAUACCGCACGUCCAAGUGAUUUUAAAUUCCAAUGAGCCAAGCUAACUAAAAUAGAACCCGCCCACCACCACCACAAACAAACCACCCACCCACCAAAGCAACCACCACCCACCAAACCCAAAAAAGGAAUCACCUUGAGAACGGCGUAGGGUGACAAUACAAAGGACAGCAUUGGGCAGGAGGAGCAGCGACGGAAGUGGGCCACCAAAUCAACAAGUCGUAAAUUAGCCGAGAAUUGGAUACCCAACCCACAACCAGGAGCCAUUACCAGGUGGAGAACCACACUAGGACGGGUUAAAUGGGGCGGCGCAAGGACAAACCGCGGGUGAUUCCCGAACAGGAUGCGCGCAUCUGUCGCGCCAUCUGCCUGUGCCAGCUGACCAUGGUGCUGUCCUGCGUGUCCAUCGUCUACCUGAGCGUGGCCAUCUACUCGCCCUCCCUGAAGGCCUUCAAGUCCGGCUUCGAGCUGGAUCCGGUCAUGUGCCAGACGGUGGAUCGCCAGAUGCCCAACAACUGCCCCUGGGCAUCCUGCGGAGAGUGGUGCCUGACCAAGACCAGCGGCUUCUGUCCCCAGAUCCACUCAAUAGUGCGACGCAACGGCACCGAUAUACAGCUGAACAACUGCACCCGAGUGACCAACACAUCGUGCGCCAUGAUUGACCUGAGUCGGCUGAACAAGUUCAAUUGCAACAACGGCACCGCCUGCAACAACAUAAGAGGCGUCUUCAACUGCUCCAAUGGACACUGCAAGAAUAUGUCGGAGUUCUUCCUGUGUCACCACAAGGCCGACGGACUUACGGUCAAUUCGCAGAAGGAUAACACCAAGCUGAAUGGAUUCUUCGAGUGUCACGGCGUGCACUGCACCAAGAUCAAAAAGCCCUUCAGCUGCGAUCGUUACUGUUCCAAGAUAACCACUACCAAUGUCAACACCCUUAUUAUGCAUGAGGACAAUCUCAUUGCCGCCGAUUGUGAGAACGCAGUGGCUUUCAACCAGGCCCGAGGAUCCGAGCACGGCGUGCGUAUCGAACCCUUUGAGUUCUGGAAAGAGGAUGAUGGCAACCUGUUGACCAACUGUGCCACAGUCACAAGAGAGUCGGACAAUCGCAUCACUGCCACGGAUUGCAUAAAUGGAACCCUCCUGGAACAUGACACCUUGCCUGCGCCCUUCAUGAACUUCACCCAGUUCUGGGCAAUCUACGAGAACAGCACCAGGUCGGUGGAUCCCGAGCAGAGGUACCUACCCAACCAGGCCAACCUGACCAUCUACAGCUGGAAGAAACUGUUCAUCAACCUGGAGGGCUGCGUGAACACACUUCGUGGCGAGUGCAAGGACUUUGUGGCUCGCUAUGGCAACGAUGGCGACAACAAUACCGCCCAGUCACGCUACCAGUGCUACUAUAACAAGGACUCGAAUGUGGAGUUUGUGGUUGCACGCUACGAUUUGGACAAGGUUUACAGGGAACUUGUAGUCUCGCUGAUUGUGCCCAUUGUGCUCUUUGUGAUCUCCUCCAUAUCGCUAUGUAUCAUCACCAAAUCCGUUAAAGUGGGGGACGAUGCUAAAAUGCGUUGUGUUUGUGCCGGCGAUGACUCAGAUAAUGAUGGUCCUUUUGGCCCUGGACUAGCCAACAAGCAGCAGGAUCAGAUGUAUGACACGGACGACGAUGUAGUUGACCUGGAGCACCAAGCGGUGGAUGGUCAAGAAAUGUCGGACCACGGACUUCCGAUGGACAACCAAGAGCUAAUCGGCAGCACCAAGUCGCUGAUACCACUCAGUCCCGCCGGAGAUUCGGGAACCAGUGAACAGAACUUCGACCAGGAUCAGGAGAAAGCCACUACGUGCGAUGUGCCCGAGAAACCACUAGUCAUACUGUAAGCGGAUUAAGCAUUGCAAGUCGCAUCGAAAAAAAGGAUUCCAGAAAGGACUACUGGAAAACCAUAAGAAACAGCACCAAACUUUAAGGACCUGUGCAUUGUACAUGGGGAACUGAAUUUAAAUUCUACUCAGCGCAUUUAUAUAAACGUUUACACCAACUAACAGAUAAAUGGAACGGAUCUUAACUUUUCUUGGUUCAAUAAGGAUAAUCACACAUAUAUACUGGACACCCAGAUGAACAACGAUGGGAUGACCGAGCUUUAUUUACCCGAUCCCCCCUCUAACCGUUGCAGCAGAUGCGCCUUAGACAAAGUUGCAUUUAUAUAGAGUAUAUAUAGCAUAAACCAACUGACAUCUGCUGAACGAAGCAAAUAAAAAAUAACACCAGGACAGACCAAGGAUAUAGGCAUCCGUCUCGCCUUAACUCUCGACUUUGUAGCUACGCAAUAUUCAGCGAUUUCUUAAACUAGUUUAGCCGGUGGAGCAACAGUACCUACUAAUAUCUGAUAUACUUAUACUCGAAUUAUAGCAAAUAAAACACCAUU